GUUAUGAAACAAUGGCAUCAGAGUAUAACCCAGGAUCUAAGAAAUCAUCUUGUUCAUAAACUAGUUCAAGCCAUUUUUCCAACCCCUGAUCCAAGUUAUUUAAAGGACUCUCGAAUCCGAAAUCUUGUUCAAUAUUCACGGAAAGUUGAGGGAGACAUGUACGAGAAAGCAAACAGUCGGGAAGAAUAUUACCACUUACUGGCGGAGAAAAUUUAUCGAAUACAAAAGGAGCUGGAGGAGAAGAAAUUGAAACGC